AUGGAAGCCGUUUCCAAGGCAUCUGCCGUUCCAGCGGCGGAUGCUGCCUGUACGUCGUACGUGACCAUCAUUCUCGACAUCACCGGUUCCAUGGGAUCUCAGAUAGAGGGCGUCAAGAGGGCAGUCCGAGAGCUCAUCCCUCUGCUCGCUGAAAAUCCCAACCUGGGCAUCGUCAUCGUUACCUUUACAGAGGGUGGCAGCGGCAAGACGUCCGGAGGACCCCGGUGCUACGUUUCAGUGAACAUUUUCUCCGAUCCGACCAAGGCGGACACGUUCGUGCGGAAGAUCACACUCUCCACGCCUCCCGGCCAUCCUGGUGUCAACGCGUACGGUGACGACGGCGACGAGAAUGCUAAGGCCGCUCUGUACGCCCUGAAGGAGCUAGACGGCACCAAACCGACGGUGGCGUUCUUCAUCACGGACGCGGGGUACCACCGGACCAAGCGGGACUCACCUACGGCUAAGGCUGAGGAAGACUUCCUGGUGGCAAAGGGCGUGUCGGACACGGACUUCUACGCGCUUUUCGACUCGGUGCUGUCUCACUUUGGUGGGAACUUGGUUGUGGUUCCGAUCGUAUACAACUUCGCAGGGCAGAGGGCGCACACCAAGCAAGCUUAUGGUCAGAUGGCAAUGACCAGCGGAAGCGGGGUUGUAAUCGAGCCGGUCCGCAUUUCGGCGGGGACUCUCGCGCUGACCAUGGCCACUUUCGUCACGAGGCUUCUGGGCCAGCUGAACGGACAGACCGACCUGCCGCCCGAACCUCCUCAGGAGAUGCUAGCCGGCCUCCGUCUUCUCGACACCAGCGGAAUGAACAGGAUCGUGAGGGACGACCACACGCCCCCUGGACCUUAUCCUCGAGAGGGUGACGCAGGGGUCCUGUUCGAGUCGGCCAUGACACGAGCGGUGACCGCGUUCAAGAUGUCCUGGAAGCGAUGCAUCGACGUCGACAAGAUUUCGCUUCUGCGACAGCUUGUGUUUGGUCUCACCGCCGCCAAGUAUGUGCUUGCGGUCACCUCCGGUGACCCCAUUUCUACAGACCUCUUGGACAGGCUGAAGCGCAGCUACCCCGAGAUGCUAGAACAAGUGCCCAAGGAGCACCGGGGACAGAUCAAGGCCACCCCAGAGGUUGUUGAGGCCCUUGCUGCCGAACUUGCGGCUGCCUCUACGAAGGGGGGUGCGGACGGCGACGUUGACGAAACGGCCGACGCCGUCACGCUGGAAACCGUGCGAGACACCGUCGGGGCGGCCUUGGAAGAUGAGAUCCGCCGCGCCGAAGGAGACGAGGACGAGCUGGAGAAGACGGACGUAGACCCUCUCGAGGUGGUGUUCGCGAUGGUGCACGGGAUCUUCGUCAACGUUCGCUUCCCCCUGGGCGCCACCGGGAAGCCUAACUUCGCCGAUGCUUGGUCCGCCAUGAUCGACAAGCACUCCUUCGACACCGUUUCGGCGGAGUCAGCCGUGCGGCUGUUCAAGGACAGCAAGGACGUCGACGACUGGUACGCCGGCCCCGAGGAGGAGGAGUGGUACGAGACCGGGACGAGGGGUGGCGGGGUGGCGGUGGGCCUGUCCGACCGCCGAGAGUACAACGGCUUCGUGCCUCUCAUGGACGAGGGGGACCCGAUCAAGACCGCGGUCAUGAGGAUCUUCUCGGGGUUGCAGGUGAUGAACCUCUUGCAGAUGACCGUCCUCGCCGGGUCCCCCGGAGGCUUCCUGCCCAACAUGUACCCGGGCAUGGUCGCGACCACGCUCGCUCAGGUCAUCCGCACUUCGGCGGGGGGGUCUUGGACCGGUGUUGAGCGCGCCGCGGGCGAGGCCAACGACCGCCUAGCGUCCCAGAUGGUCUUCUCGCUACGGGGAAUCAUGGGGUCCCCCGCGACGACGGUGCGCCUCCGGCUCAAGGCUGGCAAGGCAGACCCGGCCAACCCGCUGUCGAAGUUCCUCAUGGUGCUGUGCAAGCACCCCCGCGGAUGCACGAAGGCUGAGGCCGCCUUCCACGCCAAGAUGCGGCUUGUGCUGAACGAGUGGGUGGCGGCGACGGUGCAGCUGCACUUCGGGAAGGGUACCCCCGAGAACGACGAACGGUUCCACGCCUUCCUCAAGGACAUCGUGCCCCUCGAGGCCAUCUUCGGAAAGCGUGCCCUCGACAUCGACCCUCUCGAACAACUGCACCCCCUGGAGGUGGUGGGGGGCAAGGACGGGAACGGGUUUGCAGCCGUGGACGGGUGGAAGGCGGCCGGCCUGGCUAACCUGGCCAACACCGACCUCUACAAGGACAUCAAGCGCUUGGCGGACCGCUGCCGGGUGGUGUUCGGGUGCCUCGACUUGGACUACAACGUUGACGGCAUCGUGCUCGACUACGUCAUCUACAGGUUCCGCACCGCUCGAUACGACUUCGUCGAAGCGUCGGAAUCGCCCGCGUCACCGCCAUCAAAGAAAUCCAAGUCGGUGGCGUCGUCCGCCACUAGCGCGGUCGACAAUGGAAGCCACGAGCCCAUCGAGAACAUGCCGUCGACCCUGACGCUGCUGGUCAAGAUCUACAGGAAAGCUAUGCACCGCGAGCUGGCGGAGAUGCGAGAGUCUCGUAGGGUCCACGUCACCGACCUGCUGAAGGCCCAAGUGGUGUCAGCGCGUGCUGUCACGGCGGAGACUAGGUCUAUGGAGCUCCUCGGUACCAAGUACUCUCUCACGAGGAUGGACGUCCCCGCCCUCCUCAACCUGGCCGGCUACGACGGCAACCUGGCCUUCGUCGAAGAGCUCGUGCUCGGAGGCUGGACGCCCGAGCCGCCCCAGUGUCUGCGCCGCUUCUCCGCCGAGAUCAUCGAGAACGUGGAAGCGGCCGGCGGGGGAGGUGCCGGGGGGCUCUCGGAGAGGUUGCGUGACGCGAUCUCUCAGAAGGUGAUUUGCCUCCGCACGGCGAGCUGCAACCGCCACGGCCACACCGCCGAUCUCCGAUUCCCUGGGCCGAUGGGCUGGACCAAGGAGUACGCCAUGGUUCGCCGGUCCAACGUGCUGAAGAAGCGCGGCCGCGAGGAGCCUGUCUCGGGCCCGGUGCAGAAGAUCGUCCCGCAGAUGAAGCGCUUCACGGAGUUUGGCACAGAGCUCCUCCGCAGGCUAGACGAGUAUGGCGAUGGCAACGGGGAAGAGAUCGCGCUCCUUCCUCCUCCUCCCCCGCCCACGGCUGCAUCGGGCAAGAAGGCGAAGAAGGCCAAGAGGCGAGAGGCACUUGGCGACGACCCCGUGGUGGUGGUGACGCUGGACCAGCUGAAGAGGGACGUGCGGCGCGUGUUGUACUCGUACGACGACGCCAACUGCCUCCCGGUCGUUCAGAGGAAGAUCGUCAAGCUGGGCGUCCCGAUGAAUCUGCUCGACGGCCUGCUGUAG